AUGCCUAAAUCAAAGGAACUUGUUACUUCAAGCUCAUCCGGCAGUGACUCCGACAGUGAGGCAGAUAAGAAGGCAAAGAAAAAAAAGCAAGCACCUCCAGAGAAGCCUGCAAAGAAACAGAAGACCGGGGAAAGCUCUAAAGGAUCCUCUGCUUCCUCAAAACAAAGCAACAAAGCAGAAGAUAAUAUGUUCCAGAUUGGGAAAAUGAGGUACGUCAGUGUUCGAGACUUCAAAGGCAAAGUACUUAUCGAUAUCCGAGAGUAUUGGAUGGAUCAAGAAGGAGAAAUGAAGCCAGGAAGGAAAGGAAUUUCUCUCAAUCCCGAGCAGUGGACUCAACUUAAGGAACAGAUUUCCGAGAUUGAUGAUGCAGUAAAAAGGCUCUAA